AUGACUAACAAAGAUAACUUACAGCAAGAAUUAAAAGCCAAAGUAAAACCGGGCAUUAAGCCUUCUCACUUACGCAAAAGUAAAAGUCUGAGUGAUAUCCCAGUGGCUCCUCCGUUGCCUAAUACUCCGUUACAAAAAAGUAAAUCGCAGUUAGAUAUUCCAGUCUCUCAGCAACCUACUCCCAGCCAACAAAUCAGCCAAUUACAAGAGCAAGUGAAAUUUCAUGCUCAAACUAGUCAGAACUAUCUCCAAAGUCUCCAAGUUGCCCAAGCUAAAAUAAUUGAUUUAGAAGAAUUACCAGCCCAGAUUAAGCAGUUAGAACAACAAAUCUUACAACUCAGAUUAGACAAGAUUAAAGAAUUUGCCGACUACUUAGAAAAAAAACAAGAUUUAGAAACCGAAUUAGAACUAAACAUAAAUGAAGGAAUUAGUGAAAUUAAAAGACUAGAAAACAAAUUACUGACCAUUAAUAAAAAAAAGUUAGAAUUAGCCCACAAACUCAGUCAAGUCCAAGCCGGUAAAGAACCAGCUGAAAACCGCCAAAUAAAAGAACUCCAAAACCAAGUCCACCAUUACCAAAAACUUUAUCAGUCCCGGGUAGAAAAAGACUUAGCAAAAGAAAAUAUUCUCCAAUCUAUCACUCGGGAACGAAAUAACUAUCAAGCCACCCAACCUUUACUGGAACAAAAAAUAACUGAUUUAGAAACUUCUUUACUGAAUUUAGCCAAACAAAAAAUUAAGGGUAAAAAAGCUGCUGAAAAACUCCUCAAAAUAACCCAGCAAGCCCAAGAACGGCAAGCACUUCAAUCAGAACAAGAGCAACAACUAAAAGUUAAAGCAACUCAGAUUAAUGAAUUAACCCAGCAACUAACUAUUGCUAAGCAAGCCUUAACCACUAGUCAAGAGCAACGAAAGCAAGAGCAACAAAAAUUUGACCAGCAAUUAACCGAAACUAAUUCCCAACUCCACCAGUUACAAGUUAGUCAGACCGAACAAGCCCAACAAUUCAACGAACAGUUAAGGAAAAUUAACCUUUUAUUAGAGAAAAAAGAGCAAACUUUAUCUGAGAAAAGCCAAGAAUUAUUAAGUAAAAAUCAAACUUAUCAGGACUUAUUAACCAAACAAGAAAACUCUGCAAAAACUAUUCAGCAAUUAGAGCAGGAAAAACAUACUGAGAAAAGCCAACUCUACCGGAAAUGA